AUGUCUGAAUCAAAAGAUAUUAUUUCUGAAAAAGAAACAAGAUAUAGUGAAAACAGUAAAGACAACGGAAAUGGUAAAUUACUUGAAUACGAUGCUGCUGCCAGAGAGCAAAGAGUUUACACAGACCCCAAGUCCAAGUGGAUCCACAUUUUAACAAUUAUAGCUGCUGGUUUUGCUUUAAUUAGUGAUGGAUACCAAAAUAACGUCAUGUCUAUGCUAAAUAAAGUUUUCCCGGUUGAAUACGGGAAAGAAGUUUAUAGUUCUGCUGUUUCUACUAGAGUUUCAAAUGCUUCUUUAGUUGGUACAAUUAUUGGGCAAGUAACUGUUGGAUUUGCCUGUGAUUAUAUGGGUAGAAAGUGGUCUAUUUUAGUCGCUACCACUGCACUAGUUUUAGGUACUUUGCUAUGCGCCGCAGCUCAUGCUCCAAAUCUCAAUGGGUUGUUUUGGUAUCUAACUGUUAUGCGUGGGCUUGUCGGUAUUGGUAUUGGUGCUGAAUAUCCAUGUUCCUCUGUUAGCGCCAAUGAAUCUGCCAACGAAUAUUCAAGUAAAAGAAGGGGUGCCAUUAUGAUUAUGGUUACAAAUUUCCCACUAAGUUUGGGAGGUCCAUUUGCCUCUAUUAUUUUUCUUAUUGUCCAAAGUUGUACAGGUACAGAACACCUAACUGCUCUUUGGAGAACUAUGUUUGCCUUGGGUAUUUUCUGGCCGUUGAGUGUCUUUUAUUUUAGAUGGAAGAUGGCUACUAACGUUUUAUACAAAAAGGGGAAAUUCAAAUCUAAAGUCCCAUUAUUACUAUCUUUAAAGUAUUGCUGGAAAAGAUUAAUUGGUACCACCUUUACCUGGUUUUUAUACGAUUUUGUAACUUUUCCUAAUGGUAUCUUUUCUUCCACUAUUAUUUCUUCGGUUAUUAGCGAUAGUUCAAAUUUGAGAAAAGUAGCAGAAUGGAAUCUACUAUUGGGUAUUAUAGCUAUUCCAGGUGUUUUUGUUGGCGCAUAUUUGUCCGAUAUCAUUGGCAGAAAAUACACUUUAAUGAUCGGUUUUGCUGGCUAUAUUGUUUUUGGGUUAAUCAUUGGCUGUGGGUUAGACAAAAUUGAUAAAAUUGUUCCGUUGUUCAUUGUAUUUUAUGGUUUAAUGAACUCUUUUGGUAAUUUGGGCCCGGGCUGCUGCCUAGGUGUUGUUUCCAGCGAAGCUUUUCCAACUGCCAUUCGUGGUACCUUAUACGGAUUUUCCGCUGCCAUCGGUAAAGUUGGUGCUGUUGUCGGCACUGAAAGUUUUACUCCAAUUCGUGACAAGUUAGGUCCAAGGUGGACUUUUAUCAUUGCUGCGAUCUGCGGUUUAUUGGGUCUUACAACUGCUUUUUUCUUUGUUCCACACCUAAAGGAACAUGAUUUAAUGGAAAAUGAUAUUAAAUUCCAUAACUUUUUGAUUGAGAACGGCUGGACCGGGAAAAUGGGAUUUGAUGAUGAAGAUGAUGACGAGGAAAAAGAAAUUACAACCCAUGGUGAUUUAGAACUCUCUCAUGUUGAGUAUAAUAGUAAUGGUGUAGUUGAACAACAACUCGAUCCAGAAGAUAAGAAGAGUGUUGUUAAUUUAUACGUUGAGACUAGGGAUUCCAAUAUUUGA